AUUCUAAAGAUUGGUCAUUAAAAGAAGCAUUACUAGCUUGCAAAAAAAUUAAUGAAAAAAAUACAGGUGAAAAUAUUAAAAAUACCUUAGAGAAAGUAAUUGAACAGUUUCAACUUAAGCAAAAAUUAAUUGCCACUAUCAUGGAUAAUAGCAUGGAUGUUGUAAAAGCUAUCUAA